UGUUCAUAAAUAAAGCCUCAGUCUUUGGAUUCCAAUGCAGAAGCAGGUUGGAUAGUGAUCGAGUCGACAUAAAGGGCUCUGAACAAUAGACAGAGGUCAGCCUCUUUGUCCCAUGAGAAGUCCGUUACCGGGGUCCAUCGACACCCGUGUCGAAAACAUCCCCGGCAAUGGAACCCUGGAAGACGAAACCGUCAAAGAAGUCCUCUUAGAUACUCCCAUUUCCAAGCCAUGUGACCUGCAAAAACCAGUCCCAAAGUUUGAAGAAGACAAGUCUCCUGAGGUGGAGGAAGGGGGUGUCCCUUCAGUUUCAGAGAUAUCUCAGGUUACGGAAUGGUGCAGCAAUAUGAGCGAAAGCUUGUCAAUGGCGACCACCAUUUCAGAGCAAAGAGAAGGCGACGAAGCCUCAAGUAAACAGAGCAGAGAAAUUGGUCGGAAUACAACACCAAAGAUUCGCAGAAAGCGUCCAUAUUCCGGCGACCCAUCAUGUAGAAGAGAACAGAGGUGUCGUGUUAGUUGCAGGAGCACACAGGGAAGGGCAGAAUCAAGAGAAGCGAGGACCAGGAAGAAGCUGAGCGAGGACCAGGAAUCAAGCCUGUUCUCACCGCGCUCACGCCCCAACUGGCUUGCCAGCAGUUGUGAGAAUUCUCUCAUUUUCUGGUUAAAAGAAAGUAGAUUAAAAAUCCGUAGUAGUUGAGGGUUAUUAAAAGAUGGGUUGGUAUUGAGAUUAGAAGGUGCCCCAUGGGGAUCUGCAAUUCAAUUCAAAUGGUCCUUCAACUUCUCUUUCUCUC